AGCGCACAAAGUGCGUGGGUGUUGGGCAGGGCUGAUGAGGGGUGAAGAAGGGAGAAACUCUUCUCUCCCCCUUAUUUAACUCGACUCUCGACUCGCUCCGGGACCAGUUGCUCCGCCUGAUGCUCACUCCUCUUCUUUCGCUGCUCCUCCUUUGAUCUCCCGGAAUUUCUUCUCUCUUACCUUUCUCUCUCAAACACACACAGGUUUCGCCUUCCACUAGAAUCAACAAACAUGUAUCUUCAAAUAAUAGCCUGGAUACUACUCUGCUACACUGUCACCAAGAGCGUGGCCUCAACUUCAUUCCCCAUCCCAUCCGGCGGACACCACCUUCUGCUGCAACACUCACCUAUAGCAGUCGCCCUGCCCCCCGUGGCAAGGCGCCAAAUGGAGAUGAUGCCAUCUCCAGCAUCCGAAAGAGAGCCAACAUGUUCAGAAUUACGCGCCAUGUGGCGACACAUGAGGAGAAUGGGGCGACAAAUGGAGUUUACGAAUGAAAUUCCAAAGAUGCAAGACCCUUUCACAGCUAGUGCCAUGCGAUUCGGCGGAGGUCGUAGGAGACCCAGCAAGUAUCCAGACCCGAACCCGUAUAGUGCGGCUAAGUCUUCCAUCGCUAACAAAGAAUCAGUCUUCCAUAAGACGGACUCCUUCGUCCAAAACAAGGGUCAGUUUGGUUCUAUUAUGAAUAACCAGAACGAGGUGUACCCUGUACAGAAUAGGCUAGUAGACAAUGCUCAGGACUCGCUCGGUUUCCACGAGUUUGAUGAUUAUCAGGACAUUAUGAGUCCAUCCUCGAGUUCCAGGAGGGUAAGUGGAAGGUUCUCGGACAGUGUCUUGCCAGAGGAAUCUUUAGGGGUGUAUGGAACUGUUGUACACACUCCAGAGGAAAGGGCGAGAUUUAGAGCCAGGACGAGAAGGCCGCCGGAUUACUUGUUUAAUAGGUAUAGAACGGCGUGGAGCGACGGUGGAAUGGGUAGAGUACCCUUUAAGGCCACCAAACCUCACACUCAAUACCAUUAUGGGAAUGUAGUGACUCACGGGGAGCGGCAUCCCAUGGGAGGUUUCGCUGAAUACCCUCAAGAAGUGGGGCAAAGGGGCAACGGAGGAGCCAGAGUAGAGAGAAUCGAUAAAAUUGCCCUCCCCGGAAAGUUAAAGAAUUCGUGCCUCCGCCUUCAGAACAGGACAUGUAAAACAGAUGUUGACUGUUUCUGUAACGGAAAUCCUAAAAUGUUUUGUGGCGAGGGUAGAUGUCGACCACUUUUUAAGGUUGCAAAAUAUGGUAAACAAAAAUAUGGGAAGAGCUGGUUGGCCAACUCUUUGGAACGGAAUCUCAUUGGAUACAGUCCUAAAUCAGAUCCAGUGUGGAUGGGACCUUUCUGAACAGCACACACCCUCCACUGAGAUUGAAUGAAGAAAACAAAUUUAGAUUCUAAAACUGUUACAAACAAUUACUUAAACUACUACAUAUCCAUAUUGUUCUCAGUUUUCAGGGAAAUGCGAAAUAUUCCAAAAAAAAUCGGCUUCCAAGAUUUUUUUUUUCCAUUUUAACUGCAUUAUUUAUAAAUAUUAUACUCCUAUCAAGUCAUAUCCAUUUUAAACAAGUAUAUUUAAAGCAGUGACUGACUUAGCAAAACUUGAGAGAUGUAGAUCAAAUGCUAAAAAAACAAUUUACGAACCACAUUUAAAAACAACUCUUUAGAUCUUUUUAACUUUUUGAUUUUAACUAUAAAAAUAUUUUGAAAAUAUUAUGAUUGUCACGAUUAUUUUGUAUUUAUUCUCAUGAGAAAACUUUUUAAUUCUCUACAACUUAUCCCUUUAUAAGUCCGUGGGAAAUAUGCUUCCCACCUAAAUCAAUAAUUUUUAACUGUCAAUGGACGGCUAUUUUUCCACCUAUGAUUUGUGCGGCCAUCUGUUGAUAACUUUAGAAAUAAAAAAAAAGCACCAAUGAAGAGGGCUCUGUUUACAUAAAUGUGGGUAACAGUGAAGGUCCGCGUAGGGUCAAGAACACAGGAGAACUAUUUUUUCUAGUGGGAUAUGAGUUCUUUCAUUUGAUCAUUCUGUAAUGCGUUUACUUGAAUUUAUAAAUUCGGAUAUUUAUAAAUUCAGAAGUUAAAGUUAGUGGCCAAUCGGAAAAUUUUUAAAAAUCCCCCAACCUUCCCACACAAAUCAAAUUAAUUUUAGAUUAUAAGUUAUAUGACUUUCUUUUAGAUCUAGCUUAGCGAAAUGAAUUUUUUUUAUAAAUCAAUCUCAAUUUUAAAUAAUAUUUUGAUAUAGUAUUACUAAAAAAGAGUAGCUAUAUAAGGGUUUAACGUGAAAAUUUUAGAAAUGUUAAUAUAUCCUGAAUAGCUCUAUACAAAAAUUUCAAAGUAAAAAUUUCUAUAAAAAAUUUCUGAA